AUGUCGAAGAGAAUACCUGCCGUAUAUUGGGCAAUACAAACUGUGGUCUCUCAGAAAUCGCAAAGGAAAAGGAUAGGAAUGAAUGGAAGUAAGAAAGAUAAGCCUAUAGCAGUUGGGCAGUCAAACGAUAACGAUUCAAAUUUGGAUCAUGAGUAA